GGGCGCGCGCGUGUGGUGGUGGCGGCGACGACGGACAUGCGCGGAGCUGCAGCGAACAUGGCGGCCGCCUGCAUCUGACAGAAAGUGAGGGCUUCACCAUCAAAAUAAGCGCUUUCUACGCUCGUUAAGAGCCUGUUUGACUUCCUCUGCUGCUGCGGGCUAACAUCUUGGUCAUCAUGGGCCGAACACCACACAAAGAUCAGAAAGAGGAGAAGAAGGAGAGGCCGAGCAUCGGCGCAGGCUCUGCGCUCGACAAAUCUAAUGAGCCAUUUAGUUGGGAAGACUACCUGAGAGAGACCUCAUCUAUUGCAGCUUCACCUACUUGCUUCAAACAGUCCAGAAUCCCCCCCUCCAAUGACUUCAAGGCUGGCAUGAAGCUUGAGGCUCGCGACCCGCGCAACUCCAACUCGGUUUGCAUCGCCACUGUGAUGGGCAUGAUGGGUACUCGACUACGCCUGCGUCUGGAUGGGAGCGACAACACCAAUGACUUCUGGAGACUGGUCGACUCGUCUGACAUUCAACCGAUAGGCACCUGUGAGAGGAAUGGUGACAUGCUGCAGCCCCCGCUGGGUUUUCGAAUGAACGCCUCCUCGUGGCCAAUGUUCCUCCUCCGAACACUGAGUGGAGCAGAGAUGGCACCAGCCUCUGCUUUUAAGAAGGAACCUGUUAGCCCCAUUAAAAACUACUUCAAGCCUGGUAUGAAGCUGGAAGCCCUGGACAGGAAGAACCCUUACCUAAUUUGUCCAGCCACCGUGGGUGAGGUCAAAGGUCAGGAGAUCUUCGUCAUGUUUGAUGGCUGGCGAGGUGCCUUUGACUAUUGGUGCCCCUUCGACUCCAGAGACAUCUUCCCAGUCGGUUGGUGUGUGCUGACGAAGCACAGUUUACAGCCGCCUGGAAACUUCUUCACCCUUCCAGGUGCUCUCCUUGCCCCCGUUUCAUCCUCCUCCGCCUCCCUCACAACACGCCGCUCCACUUCCAACUCGUCCUCAUCCACGAUGCAGACCUCAUACCGACUACCCAACCCUUUGCCUCCCCUGCCCGUUCGCAAGGGUGUCAGAGGUCGCCGUCCCAAGUCGCAGACUAUUGCUUUGUUGAAGGCCGCGGCUGAGGCUGCAGCAGCUGCAGCGGUCAAUGGAGCAUCACAGAGCCCUGUCAGGGCCACUCAAUUGGCCCCCAGACCUCAUAGGAAGAGAGGGCCCAAGCCUGGGAGUAAGAGAAAGCCUCGGGUGGUACAGUCACUGGGCUCAUCGUCCAAUCCAGCGUCUCCGCCGGAGACCAGGCUGAGCACAAGCCAUGUCUCAGUAGACAACCACCAUAACAAUUCAAAUGUAGUCUGCACAGUGUGCGUUUAUGUGAACAAACACGGUGACUAUGGCCCCCAUCUUGACCGUAAACUGGUGCAGCAGCUCCCAGACCACUUUGGGCCAGCUCCAGUCAACGCAGUGUUACAGCAAGCCGUCCAGGCCUGUGUGGACUGUACGUACCAACCCUCUGUGCUGCUAUCCUUCCUGCAGAGCCAGUCCCACACAGGAGGAGAGGUCAUUCGAGUGCGCUCCGAGCAUGGUAUCCGUUAUGUCAAGCUCCCGUCUGUCUCCAGUGCGUCCACAGUACUGAGGUUCUUGGAGAACCUAUGUCAGCAUCUGGAGAGUGUCAGCCUGUUCAGCUCACAGCCGUUCAGCCCCUUCAGUAAAAACACACACUUCUUUGACAGGACAAAGUCAGAACCACUACCUCACACAGAAAACAGUCCAUCUAACAACGAUUCAUCAAAAGAUUCUGGACCUAACGCACGAGCCCCUCACAUAGCGGUAGACUAUCGGGCGACAAAGAGGGAACGGCCAUAUUACGCCACACACUCACACACGCCUCCUCCUCUAAGGAGAGUCAGCUCCAACCCAAGUGAACUCGGACAAGUGCCCACACAAAGACGCGUGGAAGCAGCUAGUUCAACAACAGGCCCAGAGCACGCGACACAAGACAAAGAGAGUUCAGGGAACGAUGCGUCUUCCUGGUCAGUGGAUGACGUGAUCCGGUUUGUCCAAGAUGCUGACCCACACACCCUUGGUCCACACGUGGAGCUGUUUCGGAAGCACGAAAUUGAUGGCAAGGCUCUGAUGCUGCUGCGCAGUGACGUCAUUAUGAAGUACAUGGGACUCAAGCUGGGACCCGCGCUCAAACUUUGUCAUCACAUCGAGAAGCUGAAACAGACCAAACAAUGAAAGGACCGAUAUGCUCUCUUCUCACAAGCAAAAACACAAGUAUCCAUCCAGGAGGGGAAGCACUGACGGAAACCAUCAGAACACCUCUCUGUGCGCUGUUUUAUGGACUGUAGAUAAUGUAUGGACAUUUUGGGGAAUUUUAGAAGUCUGCAGGCUAUUGUCAAUCAACACCUUUGGUUUUUUUUUCCCAGACUUUCAAGAUUAUGAAAAUGACGAUGAAGACAAAUACAUGAACUGACACUGCAGGGGUGUCCAAACUAGAGCCGGGGGGAAAUUUGCGGCCUACCGUCCAUUUUCUAGAGGCCCGCACAACAUGCUAAAAAUAACCGAAAGAGUAGAGGGGCAGCAUGGAAAGUGGCGGGUUGCGACAUCACUAACAACAAACACGUCUUAUGUCAAGACACAAGGAAAGUGAUGCGCAACGUGACGGCAUUUCCAAAAAAAAUGAAAAUCUGUCAAAAGUGAGCCCUUGGAAAGGCCGCUUUAAUCUGAGCACAAUACAGCCAGAAAUCUGAAGAAAUUGAGCUUUUUGCGUAGGAAAAUGGCCCUUUUGGAGAACACGGUGCCCUAAAAAACUCACUUUAAAUCGCGCCAAUCAAACAUUAUUCUUGCGAAGAGCAAUGUCGGUAGUAGAAUAAGUCAUGUAUUUCAGCCAGCAAUUGUUUUCUCGUAAAUGAAAGAAACUCUUAUGAGGGAUUUUAGAGCUUGAAGUGCAUAUAACAUGUUUCUUAGAAAAAUCCACCAAGAUUGCUGCUCCUUGUUGUGUUGCUACAGUGAUGCCCCAUAACCCAUCUUGCGACGUUUUGGGGGAUAUGAGCCAUCAUUAUUAUAUAUAUAUAUAUAUAUUUGCUUUGACUUGUCAUCAUUUGACAUCAUUAUUAUUAUUAUUAUUAUUAGGGUUUAUUUGUUGUGUUUUUGUUUGUUUGUUUUUUUUGCUUUGGCCUGUCAGCAAAAAUUUGAGAUGUGACCGCUGUAUGGUGGCAGUGAACUCAGCUCCACAACGAGCAGCGAUUUGGUAGAUAAUAAACAAUUCUUCCCAAAAAAGUAGCUUCAAGCUGUUGAAUGCCACUCCCAGUUGAGGCUUACCAUCAAAUUAAAUGUUGUGUUUUAUUUCAAACAACCACAAAGCUGUGCCGUAGUUAAGUGUGUGGAGCUAAGUGUUCACAAACUAUGACAAAAACAUUGCAGUGUUGGACACCUGAAGGCAAAAGGCAUUUGACCACAAGCAUCUCGAUAGACCAUCUGACAAUACUCCGCCGGCAUAUAUUUCUUAUCCUCUGCCUGCGGGUGGCCAAGGCGUGCACAUCAGAAGGUGUAGCGCAGUUUCCCAUGAAACAUGUUAACUUCUUUCGAUGCUAUUGAAUAAUGUCUUAACUGUUUAUUUUUAAAAUAUUUUAUAUUAGUGUAUUUCAUACCAAAAACACUUUAAAAAAAAAGGUCAGCUUUUAGGAAGGCUGGUACGGAUUAAAAGCAUAUCCAUUCAUUUCAACGGGGAAAAAUGAUUUUAGUCUCAAGCGUGUUCAUAUCUCAAGGCUGGAUGUAGAAGCAAAAUGGAGAACAGAAUUUCUCUUUGUAACAUUCUCGUAUUUGGAGAUAAUUCAGUGACCGUGGAAUCCUUGUUUUUGUUGUUUGUUUUUUUUUCCUCCUAUCAUCAGAGGAAAAAGUUUGGACACCCCUGCACAGUUUCAAAAAUGUAGGACUUGGCUGACAAAAAAAGAUUCCGUUUGAACUGAUAAAUCAUCAGAAAUAUAAGUUUGAGAUCAACUUUUUGGUCUAUGGUGUUGGUUUCAGAGGAGGAAGUUUGCUCAUGACCUUAUGGUUUUUUUUAUGUUACCAAACAUUUACUUUACAUUAAAACAGUACGUUUAUUGAUCCUUAGCCGAAGUGUUAGUACCCAAUAUCCGAGCAGAGGCAUGAUUUUGUAUUAGUCUUUUUUGCCUUAGUGUGAACAACAACAGGCCAUUAUUUAAUUACAUUAAUUACUUUGAAGCGCACACAACCUCAGAUAAACACUGUAGCUUUUACUGUUUCACCAUUUUUACACUGACAGCGAGCACACUACUGUGAUGUUCGCUUACCAAUGCAAUAACAUUUCUGACUGAUUGCUUCUUCGACUGUCAUUAGUCGUCAAAUAAAGGUACCGCCCUAGUCAUGUGUAUGAGACGUGAGGCCGAAAUGCCCGAAUGUCUUAAGGGGGGGCGAGGUUGUUUCAAAUUACCGACCAACAUUGCAAAAUAAUGAAUCCAUCGUUUUUGAGGAAGAUCUUGCACUCCGGCUGGAAUUGCAGAAAAUGUGUUACUUGUCUCUGUUCCAUGAGCUCAACGCUUUUACCUUGAGUUUGACCUUCGUAUUAUCAGUUGCACGCUCCUGAAACAUGAUGACUGGAACCUUGCAAGUAUUGACAUUGAAAUAAAGGCAACGUAAUGCACUGCCAAACUGCUGUGCAAAAAGUGUUCCCAGCACAAAGGGAGGUUUGUUCAAUGAUGCCAAAAGUUUCUUACUCAUUUUGUUUUGUAAUAAAGUGUAACAAGCCUUUGGAUAUUCUCAUUCAUCCAGGUUAUUGGACUCUCAAGGCAUUACAUUGGUUGCAACCGGUCUGUUCUGGUGGUCUUAGGUGUUUUGCACAUUGGCUAGAUAGUAAAGCUCUCGCUGAACAGAUGGUGUGGAAAUCCAUCUUCCAGAUAAGUCGAAAUGAGAGGAUAUUUUGCGCGCUAAGUUUAAUUGGGCUUUGGUCAAAGUCCUGUUGCAAUUUAGGUUGACAUAAUUUAACACAACAUAAGAUGUGUUUGUGUUGUUUGGAGUCUUCGUGGCGGUAAUUUUUUGCUUUGGCUGAGACGCUCCUAUUCCACCCAAACGAUGGUUGUUGUUAAGCAGAGGCCUCUCCAAGCCAUCUUAAAAGACUUAAAUGAGGCAGCUUUACUCUUUUACAUCCUAAAAGAGUCAAACCAACCGCAAAUAUUUGGUUUUGCACACGAACACCCAAUCAGGAGCUGCUAUUUCUUUUCACAGCCAUUGUGCACAAAGUGAUGAAUGAAGCCUGCUUGGCUGAAAGGUGAAACCUCUUCUAUGGCAACAAGAACAGUUGCGUUGCGACCGAUCUAAUGCUGUGAGAAAAGCCCAUCAAAUGUAAGUGUUUGCAUUUUUCUGUCAAAAACGACACCAUUACUUCUAGUGUCAGACUAAUUACUGAUUUGCCAUUAGCCGUUUUGCUUUUUAGGCUUCAGAACACCUUUCAAAGUAUUUUCCAUCGCCCCCCGUUCCACAUUGUUGCUCUCCAUUGUGGUAACCAGUUCAUACUUGAAACCAUUCUGGCUUUAACGUGAAACUCAGGUUUUAGUAGCUUCUUAGAGGAUCUUUUACAGUGUUGUUUGUGUUUAUUCUACAUCAUAGAGGAGCUACCAUACAACCCAACUAAAGUAUGUAAAUAUGAAAGGCCUUGUCAUUUAAUGCCCUGCAGCAUCUUGUGUGUACAUAUAAACUUUUUACUCUCCGCUCAAAAAAUGCUUAUGUAUGUUUGAUAUGCAUUCACACAAUUAAACAUUUGCACUUGA